UGACACUGGCUCCAGUACUCUGGUAUUAUAAGAAGGAGCUACAGCAAAUUGAAGCGAAGAAGAAGAAGGAGGAGAAGAAGGUUGAAGUUGAAGUAAUUUACUAAUUUUCAGUUGCAGUUGCAUCACUGAAAGGAAUUGGACGAGAAAUUAGAGAAGGUGAGUGGGAAUGAGCAUAGUAGGGAAGGAGAGAAUAGAAGUGAUUGCUCAGAGCAUCGGAAUUACGAACUUGUCCCCCGAUGUCGCUCUCUCCCUCGCUCCCGACGUCGAAUACCGCCUCCGCGACAUCAUGCAGGAAUCUAUCAAGUGCAUGCGCCACUCCCGCCGCACCACUUUAACCGCCGACGAUGUUGACAGCGCCCUCUCCUUGAGGAACGUCGAGCCUAUAUAUGGAUUUGCAUCUGGUGGUCCUUUACGUUUCAAGAGAGCUCUCGGACACAGAGAUUUGUUCUAUAUUGAAGAUAAGGAUCUUGACUUAAAAGAUGUCAUUGAAGCUCCUCUACCGAAAGCGCCACUUGAUACUGCGGUCACCUGCCACUGGCUUGCAAUUGAAGGUGUACAGCCUGCUAUCCCGGAAAAUGCUCCUGUAGACGAUAUCUCGUUUUUCAUCUUGUAAUUUAUUUACUUUUAUGAUUUCUUGCAGCUGUAUUUUGAUAAAGUGACUGAGCUAACUUUGACUCAGUCUGAGUCGGUUCUGUUUAAGGAAGCAUUAGUAAGUUUGGCCACUGAUUCAGGACUUCAUCCAUUAGUUCCUUAUUUCACAUGCUUUAUAGCAGAUGAGGUUUCUCAUGGUUUGAGUAAUUUUUCUCUUCUAUUUGCCUUGAUGCGAGUUGUUAAAAGCAUUCUGCAAAAUCCUCAUAUUCAUAUCGAACCUUAUCUGCACCAGCUGAUGCCAUCUGUUGUCACCUGCCUUGUGGCCAAAAGGUUGGGUAGUAGAUUGGCAGACAACCAUUGGGAACUUAGAGACUUUACAGCUAACCUGGUCGCCUCAAUUUGCAAAAGGUUUGGUCAUGUUUAUAGUAAUCUACAGUCUAGGUUAACAAAAACAUUGGUGAAUGCAUUCUUGGAUCCCAAGAAAGCACUGACACAACACUAUGGUGCAAUUCAAGGGUUGGCAGCAUUAGGGCCCAAUGUGGUUCGCCUUCUUUUGCUGCCAAAUGUUGAACCAUAUAUAAGACUUCUGGAACCAGAGAUGCUUCUUGAGAAGCAGAGGAAUGAAGUCAAAAGGCAUGAAGCAUGGCGUGUUUAUGGAGCCUUGCUGCGUGCUGCAGGUCAGUGUAUUUAUGAUCGACUGAAAAUAUUCCCAACUUUCCCGUCUUCUCUUCCUCAUGCUGUCUUGAAGACCAAUGCAAGAGUUCUUAUGUCUUCUUCACCUUAUAAACGCAAAGCAAGCCUUGAGCCGUUGGAAGAGCAGCCACCUUUGAAGAAAACUAAUACUGAUGGUGAGGUUGGUGUGGUUCUGACAAAUUCCUCACCGUCUCAUAAGCUAGGGGAGGCAGGGACUCAAGCCUCUUCAGUUGAUUCAAUCAUUGGCUCAUCAUCGGCUUCUGAACAGAUGAAAAAUGACACAAUUUCUAAUGCCGUAGUUAGAAGUAACAAGGUUGAUACCCGGUCAUGGAAAACAUCGGCUGCCCUUGCCCAAGUUUGGAAGGAUGAGCUGAAUUCUGGGCGUAUCCUGGUAUCAUUGUUUGAGUUGUUUGGUGAAGACAUUCUUCCCUUCAUUCAGGCCCCUGAGUUGUAUAUGUUCUUGUAACUUUGCAUGUAUUAUAGCUUUGCUCACAAUUAGAUCAUGGUUAACCCCCAGAUAUUAAUUCCGGGAGCAAACUAACAUUGCUCCUUGUCCUUGUUAUAAAAUAUAAUUUCUCUUUUCCGGUUAAUGAAAUUUCUAGUUCCUUGUUAUCC